AUGGUCUGCUUUGGUAUGUCAUGUAAGAGGUUCUAUUCAAUCUUACCAUGGUCUAUAUUAUUGCGUGGCAAUCAAAUGCGCACGUGGCACAUCAACGAAGAGAUUACCGAGGGUGAUCUACAGCCAUCACUCCUACAUCUUCAUUUUGGUCUAAAGUUCAAUCAACCGAUUGAUGUUGGACAGCUGCCUCAAUCCUUGCUCACGCUGACCUUUGGAGAUAACUUUGAUCAAACACUACCAGCACACAGUUUGCCCUCAUCCUUGACUUGUCUAAGGCUAGGCCACGACUUCAAGAUAAUUGGACCCGACACACUGCCACCUAGGCUCGUCAUUCUGGAGUUUGGCUCGAUGUUUAAUCAAGAUAUUGGAGUUGGCAUCCUCCCGCCCACUCUUACCGACCUCACCUUUGGCUUCUACUUUAACCGCUCCAUCUCAGUCGGCGCGCUGCCACAGUCUCUGAUCCAACUCAAGUUUGGAUACAGCUUCAAUCAACAGAUCGAACCAAAUGUACUUCCUUCAAGCCUCAAGCAUCUUGAGUUUGGACAGACAUUCGACUGCCCUCUUGUUGGCACCGUGAUGCCAUCAACACUCAUGACAUUGUCACUUGGGUCGUCUUUUAAUCAUCCCAUCGCCCCUUUAUCACUUCUCAACUCACUUGUCAAACUGGAGGUUGGAACUGCCUUUAACAAACAACUCACGAGAGGCUGUUUGCCCGAGUCCUUGCGUACUCUCUCGAUUGAAGAUAUUUUCACGUUUGUCCUCGAGCCAGGAAGUCUGCCAACCAAUCUAACAAGGUUGACAUUUGGCUUGAGGUUCAAUGGACCCCUCUUCCCAGGUGCACUGCCCCGUGGCCUGGUACAUCUUUGUCUCAAUGGUGAAUUCGAUCAGCCACUCAUUUCCGGAGUGCUACCAUUAGGUCUGGAAACACUUCGACUUGGACAUCGAUUCAAUCAUGUUCUGACUCCCUACGUCUCACUGCCACCCAAUCUACGCGAUCUUACACUCAGCUUCUACUUUGACUACAGCCUCGCACCUGGCGCACUCCCCGCAUCACUCACAAGCCUUGAGUUCAAAUAUGCGUUUGACAAGAUGCUUGAACAUGAUAGUCUGCCCAUCGGCUUGACCAAGCUCACACUCAGUGGAUUGUACAACUAUCCACUGAGUAAGGGAUUGCUCCCUUCAUCAUUGUUGGAGCUGAGGUUUGGCCAGAAGUUCAAUCAACCCUUGAAGGUGGGAGACCUACCCGACUCAAUCACCAAGUUGUCAUUUGGUACUUCUUUUAACCAACCUAUUGAGGCUGGUGUCCUCCCGGCAAGCCUAACAUACUUAUCGAUCGAACCAGGAUUAAGACAACCAACUUUAGUGUUCCCAGAUGGUCUCAAACACCUUGACUUGUGCUCACUCGCAUACUUGGUAUCAUUCAUUCCCUCAUUGCCAGACUCUCUCGAGUCCAUUACAAUUGGAAUGGUAUAUGAUGUGAUUGACACUAUUCACCUUGAGGGUCACAAGAAUAUUGAAGAGGGAUGGCGAUCACUAUUUGCACAUCGACAACGUCCCUUGGAUACAUUGAACUUGAAGUGCGAUGCCAAUAUGCAAGAGGCCAGAUAUGUGUUGGAGUUCUUGGUUGAUUUGGCACCAAACGUUGGAACUUAUCAAGUCACAAUGAGAUACCUAAAGAGUUUGACCAAAGUACUUCUUCGGCGAAUAGAUGACAUCAAUGGAAUACUAUCUAUUAUAUCCUUUGAAAACGAGGGAGUUAUUGAAGGAGAAGGAGUAGGAUCCAACAAAUAUUUAAUAAGAUUGAUAACGAGAGUGAGUGAGAAGCUUCUCUCU